AAAAGAAAGAAACGUCGCUUCCUCUGAGCGGAUGUGACGUAACAGCGCGCUCGCCUCUUCCGCCCUCUUUUCGUCGAGGCUUUGCUCGCGGCCGUCGGAGAACAUGCAGAUCUUCGUGAAGACUCUCACGGGGAAGACCAUCACCCUCGAGGUCGAGCCCAGCGACACCAUCGAGAAUGUGAAGGCCAAGAUCCAGGAUAAGGAGGGAAUCCCCCCUGAUCAGCAGCGUCUGAUCUUCGCAGGCAAACAGCUGGAGGACGGACGCACUCUGUCCGACUACAACAUCCAGAAAGAGUCCACUCUUCACCUGGUGCUGCGUCUGCGUGGAGGAAUCAUCGAGCCCUCGCUCAGGCAGCUCGCCCAGAAAUACAACUGCGACAAGAUGAUCUGCCGCAAAUGUUACGCUCGUCUGCACCCGCGCGCUGUCAACUGUCGCAAGAAGAAAUGUGGACACACAAACAACCUGCGCCCCAAGAAGAAGCUGAAGUAAACUCUGAUCAUGCGCACUUCAUGUGUCCGAAUAAAUUUGUAGAAAGUC